AUGACCACGCUGUAUGAGUAUGAAAUUCUAAGAAUCAUAAACAGGACACAGCCAAGUAUUGACACAAUAAAGAGGAGACAGCUUAACACCAUGGAAAUGAUUAUCAUUGCAGCUCUGCUACUAUUUUUAAGCAUAAUGGCAGAGGAGAAUAUAUGCCAGAUACAAGGGAAACCAGAUUUUCCACUGUUUUCAAAAGAUGGCGAUGUAAUAAUAGGUGGCAUUUUUUCCUUACAUACAUCCUUUAUUCCUAUAAAGUCCUCUUUUAAUGCAGUUCCAGGGUCUUUGCAAUGCAAAAGUUUAAACUUUAGGGAGUUUCAAUUUGCAAAAACAGUCAUCUUUGCCAUUAAUGAAAUAAAUAAUAAUACAAAGAUCAUUCCUAACUUUAAACUGGGCUAUAAGAUAUAUGACUCCUGUGGGUCAGUUCUGCAGUCUACAAGAGCAGCAAUGGCUUUAGCAAACGGACAGAAAGGGUUUUUCUCUGAUGAAUCCUGCACCAAGCACUCUGUUCAUGCAAUAGUAGCACAAUCUUCUUCUUCCCAAACUAUUGCAGUGGCUUCAGCUAUUGGACCCUUUGGAACACCUGUGAUCAGUCACCUUGCGACAUGUGCAUGUCUCAGCAACAGACAUGAGUUUCCUACUUUUUUUCGAACUGUUCCUAGUGAUUAUUAUCAAAGUAAAGCACUUGUUCAGCUUGUUAAAUACUUUGGUUGGACUUGGGUUGGAGCAAUCAGAAGUGACUCAGAUUAUGGCAAUUUUGGAAUGGCAGCAUUUGCUCAAGAGGCCCAAAUGGAAGGGAUUUGCAUUGAAUACUCAGAAGCAUUUUUUAGAACUGAUCCUAGAGAGAAAAUCCUUAAAAUUGUGAACCUAAUCAAAAAGUCGACUUCUAAAGUUAUUGUUGCUUUUCUGGCUCAUGGAGAGGCAUUGACUGUGUUGCCAGAACUGCUGCAGGAGAAUGUGACAGGACUCCAGUGGAUUGGCAGCGAAUCAUGGAUUGCUGAUAAAUAUCUUGGAUUUCAUGAGGUCCUAGGUGGAGCACUUGGAUUUGUAACAGGAAAUGCUAAAAUCGCUGGUCUCAAAGAGUUUUUGUUAAAUGUCCAUCUUUCUGAUGACCCAGGAAACGGUUUUGUAAAGGAGUUCUGGGAAACAGUAUUCAACUGUAGUGUCUCAAGUAAAAGUAAGACUGAUCUCAACUCCUGCAAGGGCUCUGAGAGUUUAAUUAAUAUUGAUAAUCAGUAUACUGAUGUAUCAGAGCUGAGAAUUUCCAAUAAUGUUUACAAAGCAGUUUAUGCCAUAGCUUGGUCUCUGCAUAAUCUAGUCUCUUGUGAAAAUAAUGGAAGACUGCAAGCCAAUGUGACUUGCUCAACGAAGAUGCAAAUUGAGCCACAGCAGUUACUUCAUGAAUUAAAAAAUGUAAAUUUUACAUCAUCAAAUGGAGAGAGGGUCUACUUUGAUGAGAAUGGAGACCCUGCUGCAAGGUACGAGUUAGUUAAUUGGCAGCUGAAUAAACAGGGAUUAAUUGAGCUUGUUACAGUCGGACUAUAUGAUGCCUCCUUAUCAGCAAGACAGCAGUUGACCCUGGGUGACACCAACAUCAUCUGGUCAAGUGGAAGUAACAAAGUUCCUAAAUCAGUUUGCAGUGAAGAGUGUCCACCAGGAACUCGGAAAGCUGCUCAGAAAAGACGGCCUGUCUGCUGCUUUGACUGUAUAUUAUGUGCUGAAGGAGAAAUCAGCAAUGAAACAAAUUCUGCAGAUUGCUUAAAAUGUCCUCCCGAAUAUUGGCCCAAUGAGGGAAGAGAUCAGUGCAUCUUGAAAAAAACAGAAUUCCUCUCUCUGGAGGAGACAAUGGGAUUGUUGCUUGCGACUUUUGCAUUGGUGGGUACUGCCAUAACCAUAUCUGUGGCAGCAAUCUUUUUUUAUUUCAGAGAUACACCCGUGGUGAAAGCAAAUAAUUCAGAACUAAGUUUUCUGCUUCUCUUUUCCUUGACUCUAUGCUUUCUUUGCUCUCUUACUUUCAUUGGCCAACCCUCGGAUUGGUCCUGUAUGUUGCGCCACACAACAUUUGGAAUAACAUUUGUCAUGUGCAUUUCUUGUGUCCUGGGAAAAACAAUUGUGGUGAUAAUGGCCUUCACUGCCACACUGCCGGGCAGCAAUGUUAUGAAAUGGUUUGGGCCUGUACAACAACGGCUCACUGUUUCUGUUUCCACAUUAAUACAAGUGUGCAUUUGUGCAGUUUGGUUGAUGAUUUCACCUCCUUUUUCCUCAAAGAACUCAAUCUACUACAAAGACAAAAUCAUUCUUGAGUGCAAUCCAGGAUCUGUAGCAGCUUUUUAUAUUGUUUUGGGAUACAUUGGAAUUCUUUCUAUUCUUUGCUUUUUUCUAGCAUUUUUGGCUCGUAAACUGCCAGAUAAUUUCAAUGAAGCAAAAUUUAUCACUUUUAGUAUGCUAAUAUUCUGUGCUGUAUGGAUCACUUUUAUUCCAGUAUAUAUCAGUUCUCCAGGAAGAUUUACUGUAACUAUAGAAAUAUUUGCAAUUUUGUGUUCAAGCUAUGGGUUACUUUUCUGCAUUUUUGUUCCCAAAUGUUACAUUAUAUUGUUGAAACCAGAGAAAAAUACAAGAAAACUGUUAAUGGGUAAACGGCAUUGA